CAUGGCGGCGCCCUUGUGCAAAUGCUGAGAAAGUGUCUCUGCGGGGAAACCGAAGCGAUUUCAGAUUCAGAUUCGCGGCGGCGACAACAGAGAAUCGUCGGCGACCGUCCACGGAAGCGACAGAGAAGAGUUACGACCGAGUCACCGAUUGCACGAGCUCGGCGGAGCUUUGCGUGGCCCAGGCAGAGAGUCCGUGUAAAGAUGGGCCUCUUUUCCAGCCCCUAGCAAGCGGGGAGAGACGCCGCAGAUUCCCCGACAAACGCGCACCGGGUGAACUCGGAACUGUCGGCAUUGACAUUUAUCGCAGAUUGUGGGAUUUGCCAUAUAAUUUGCUGUCCGGUGUUCUCUGCGCGGCCGCCUCUGUUGUGCAAAAGGGACGCACAAGUUUCCAAGCCCGCGGGAGGGAUUCAACCGCGUCAAGGGCCCUGAUGAAAAUGGACUCGGAGCUGCUCCACUCGCCCGUGGUGGGCCUGGCGGAGGAAGAGGAGGCAGACAUGAGCGACUGGAACCUCCCGCUGGCCUUCAUGAAGAAACGCCACUCGGAGAAGAUCGAGGGCUCCAAGGCCCUGGCUCAGAGCUGGAGAAUGAAGGACAGGAUGAAGACCGUCAGCGUGGCCCUGGUGCUGUGUCUGAACGUGGGGGUGGACCCUCCUGACGUGGUGAAGACGUCCCCCUGCGCCAGACUGGAGUGCUGGAUCGACCCACUUUCCAUGAGCCCACAGAAAGCACUGGAGACCAUCGGGGCCAACCUACAGAAGCAGUAUGAGAACUGGCAGCCCAGGGCACGCUACAAGCAGAGUCUGGACCCCACGGUGGACGAGGUGAAGAAGCUGUGCACCUCGCUCCGCCGCAAUGCUAAGGAGGAGCGGGUGCUGUUCCAUUACAAUGGCCACGGCGUGCCAAGACCCACCGUCAAUGGGGAGAUCUGGGUCUUCAACAAGAACUACACCCAGUACAUCCCCCUGUCCAUCUACGACCUGCAGACCUGGAUGGGCAGCCCCUCCAUCUUCGUGUACGACUGCUCCAAUGCCGGCAUCAUCGUCAAGUCCUUCAAGCAGUUCGCCCUGCAGAGGGAGCAGGAGCUGGAGGUGGCUGCGAUAAACCCCAACCACCCCCUGGCACAGAUGCCUCUGCCCCCCUCCAUGAAGAACUGCAUCCAGCUGGCCGCCUGCGAAGCCAGCGAGCUGCUGCCCAUGAACCCCGACCUCCCAGCUGACCUCUUCACUUCCUGUCUCACGACGCCCAUCAAGAUUGCCCUGCGCUGGUUCUGCAUGCAGAAGAGUGCCAAGCUGGUGCCCGGGGUGACAUUGGACUUGAUCGAGAAGAUCCCAGGGCGGCUCAAUGACAGACGUACCCCUCUUGGAGAGCUGAACUGGAUCUUCACCGCCAUUACAGACACCAUCGCUUGGAACGUUCUGCCCAGAGACCUUUUCCAGAAGCUGUUCCGCCAGGACUUGUUGGUGGCCAGUCUGUUCCGCAACUUCCUAUUGGCUGAAAGGAUAAUGAGGUCAUACAACUGCACCCCGGUCAGCAGCCCACGCCUGCCCCCCACCUACAUGCACGCCAUGUGGCAGGCGUGGGACCUGGCCGUGGACAUCUGCCUCUCCCAGCUCCCCACCAUCAUCGAGGAAGGCACCGCCUUCAGGCACAGUCCCUUCUUUGCGGAGCAGCUGACCGCCUUCCAGGUGUGGCUCACCAUGGGCGUGGAGAACAGGAACCCCCCUGAGCAGCUGCCCAUCGUCCUGCAGGUCCUCCUGAGUCAGGUGCACCGGCUCCGAGCGCUGGACCUGCUCGGCCGAUUCCUGGACCUGGGGCCCUGGGCAGUCAGCCUGGCUCUCUCCGUGGGCAUAUUUCCCUAUGUACUCAAGCUGCUGCAGAGCUCCGCCCGCGAGCUGCGACCCCUCCUCGUCUUCAUCUGGGCCAAGAUCCUGGCAGUGGACAGUUCUUGUCAAGCUGAUUUGGUGAAGGACAAUGGCCACAAGUACUUCUUGUCUGUCCUGGCUGACCCCUACAUGCCUGCAGAACACCGCACUAUGGCAGUCUUCAUCCUGGCGGUGAUCGUCAACAGCUACAACACAGGGCAGGAGGCCUGUCUGCAGGGGAACCUCAUCGCCAUUUGCCUGGAGCAGCUGAACGACCCUCACCCUCUCCUGCGCCAGUGGGUCGCCAUCUGCCUGGGCAGGAUCUGGCAGAACUUCGACUCGGCCCGCUGGUGCGGGGUGCGGGACAGCGCCCACGAGAAGCUCUACAGCCUGCUGUCGGACCCCAUCCCAGAGGUGCGCUGUGCUGCAGUGUUUGCCCUGGGCACGUUCGUGGGGAACUCUGCUGAGCGGACAGACCACUCCACCACCAUAGAUCACAACGUGGCCAUGAUGCUGGCUCAGCUCAUCAAUGAUGGAAGCCCCGUGGUGCGCAAGGAGCUGGUGGUGGCGCUCAGUCACCUGGUGGUUCAGUACGAGAGUAACUUCUGCACAGUGGCCCUGCAGUUCAUGGAGGAGGAGAAGAGCUAUGCCGUGCCCUCACCAGCCAGCAACACAGAACCAGGGAACCUGACCCCGGUGAGGGACAGCCCGGCCAUCCCCCGCCUGCGCCCCGUCAACUCCUACACCAACAUCCGCGCCGCCACCACGGCCCGCAGCCUCAACAAGAGUCUGCAGAACCUCAACCUGAACGAGGAAGGAGGCCCUGUUGCCUUUUCUCCCGGGAACCUCAGCACAAGCAGCAGCGCCAGCAGCACCCUGGGCAGCCCGGACAACGACGAGUACAUCCUGUCCUUCGAGACCAUCGACAAGAUGAGGAGGGUCAGCUCCUAUUCGUCGCUCAACUCGCUCAUAGGGGUGUCGUUCAACAGCGUGUACACACAGAUCUGGAGGGUGUUGCUACACCUGGCAGCCGACCCAUUCCCAGAGGUGUCUGACCUGGCCAUGAAGGUCCUCAACAGCAUUGCGUACAAGGCUACGAUGAACGCCCGGCCCCAGAGGAUCCUGGACUCUGGCUCUCUCACCCAAUCAGCGCCUGCCAGCCCCACCAGCAAAGGCACUCACAUCCACCAGGCUGGUGGUUCCCCCCCCAUGCCAAGUCCCAGCAGUUCCAGCCUGACCAACGAGGUGCCCAAACCCCCUCCCCGGGAGCUCCCGCCCGCCCGGCCACCGUACACCCCGACGCUGGGCGGCCAGGCCCCCCACUCGCACCAGUUCCCGCGCACCCGCAAGAUGUUCGACAAAGGGCCCGACCAGACGGCGGAUGACGGUGACGAGCCAGGCGGCCACAGGAAUUUCAUCAGCGCCACCCUGCAGACAGGUCUCUGUGACUGGAGCGCCAAGUACUUCGCUCAGCCCGUCAUGAAGAUUCCUGAGGAGCACGAUGUGGAGAGUCAGGUGAGGAAGGAGAGAGAGUGGAGAUUCCUGAGGAACGCCCGGGUCCGAAGGCAGAGCCAGCGAAUCACCCAGAGGGGUGUGACCCGUCUGGACGACCAGAUCUUCAUCAACAGAAACCCGGGGGUGCCCUCCGUGGUCAAGUUCCACCCCUUCAACCCCUGCAUAGCCGUGGCCGACAAGGACAGCAUCUGCUUCUGGGACUGGGAGAAAGGCGAGAGGCUGGACUACUUCUACAACGGCAACCCCCGCUACACCCGCAUCACGGCCAUGGAGUACCUGAACGGACACGACUGUUCCUUGCUGCUCACCGCCACCGAUGACGGCGCCCUGCGGAUCUGGAAGAACUUUGCUGAUCAGAGGAACCCUGAGAUGGUGACAGCCUGGCAGGGCCUGUCAGACAUGCUCCCCACCACGCGAGGGGCAGGCAUGGUGGUGGACUGGGAACAGGAGACCGGGCUCCUCAUGACGUCGGGGGACGUCAGGGUUAUCCGAAUCUGGGACACGGAACGAGAGAUGAAGGUUCAGGAUAUCCCCACGGGGGCGGACAGCUGCGUGACCUGUCUGUCCUGUGACUCCCAGCGCUCCCUCAUCGCCGCUGGCCUGGGAGACGGCUCCGUGCGCGUCUACGACCGCAGGAUGGGCCCCAACGAGUGCCGUGUGAUGACCUACCGCGAGCACGGGGCCUGGGUGGUCAAGGCGCACCUGCAGAAGGAGACGGAGGGCCACAUCAUCAGUGUCAGUGUAAACGGGGAUGUGCGGUUCUUCGAGCCGCGAACGUCAGAUUCCGUAAACGUACUGCAGACGGUGAAGGGACUGACUGCACUGGAUAUCCAUCCACAGGCCAACCUCUUCGCCUGUGGCUCCAUGAACCAGUUCAUCGCCGUGUACAACUCCAACGGGGACAUCAUCAGCAACAUCAAGUACUACGAUGGUUUCAUGGGCCAGAGAAUUGGGGCCAUCAGCUGCCUAGCGUUCCAUCCAUACUGGCCGCACCUGGCCGUCGGCAGCAACGACUACUACAUGUCUAUCUACUCAGCGGAGAAGAGGCUGAGAUAACGCCUAAGCACCCCGGAGCCAGGAUGUAAAUGACCUCUAAUGUACAUACGCAAUUAUCACCUUGAAUGUCUCGUGAUGGCUGCUGAUACUCAUGUUAUUAUUAUUGUUAUUACUAUUAUGGGCUAUUGAUUGUAGACUUGGCUGUGCUGAGGAGUGUGUAUAUUUAAUUGCAUUUACAGAUAAUAGAGAUAUUUUAAGCUACAGCCCGUUGGCCGCGUAGCCAGUGGGUUUUUCUCUUUUUUUUUUUUUUUUUGUCCCGCCUGUGUGAACUCUGCUUGUGCAGAGGCAGAGGGGCGUCUGAAGGAAAAUAGCACCGUGAAAAUAUGGCCCCGCUGGUCAGCUCCGGACCACAAGCAGCCCAUAGCAGCGCCCGUCUCCUGCCAGCACCAGUCCCACCGCCAUCCCCGCAGCCGUUGACAACUGGGGUUUCACUCGCUUCUGCUGCUGUCUGAAACGAACGUGGGUUGCGCUUUCUGGAAGCGGCCCGGCACUUUACGCGGAGACCUGACACCCAGGCCCUGCGGGAUGGCACGAACAGACGCCCAGUGUCAGCGGACUGCCUCAGUCACGGCGGGGUGACACCCCCUUCCCCCUUUGCUGUGCCUGUCCACUCAACCCGUACCCCCCGCACCCCCCUGACCGUGCCAAACUUAAUAAGCCCAGCCAAUACCCCAUCCGGCGGGUUUACAUCGCCUCUCCUAGUGUAUGGAAGUGGACUGGCUGUGCCGGAAUCGUGCGAGUACCACACACAGCCUCAGUCCGCUCUAAAAACUGGCCUUUUGUGAAGGUGAAGGCUGCAGUGUGAAGCAAUAAACCAGGGAGUGCGGCUGCGCUCACACUCCUGAGCCACACCUGGCCCCGCUCCAGGGUCCUGCUCAACCGGAGAGCGGAGCAUCCGAAGGCUCUGAGCUCCCGCCCCUGAAGACACCCGCGGCUCCGACGCGGGCCCCCAUCACGGCCGCCCCGCGGCCGCUCUGCUCCCAUUGGCUCGGACCAACGGAGCGGGGCAGCGGUGUGAAGGUGUGUGUCCGCGGCCGUGACCCCUGUCGGACACGUUGAGAAGUGGUGAAGGAAGUGAGGCAUCCCCCCCUUCCCCUCCAGCC